UUUUUUAUCCCCUUAAAAUUAUUUUUAUUGCUCACGUGUCGUCGAAGCUACCGCAAGAAUUAAAUCGGAAGUCGUAGCCCAUUUCCACUACUUCUACAGAAAGAAUAUUAUCGCAAUCGCUCACGAUGGAACUUCGCUUGGCCACUCCUCCGAGUAGCCCCUUUCUUAUCACUGUUGUUGCACGUGCCACAGAUAGGUACACAAACAUUACAGUAAUCGAACCGACCCCUGGCAGUCAACGUUUUCCCUUCAAGCUGCAGUCUUCUCCUUGUGCUUGUUUGUUCUUACUGAAGCGCACAGAAUGGACAAUCCGCAGGGAAAUCGGGAUCGCACGGCGUCCUUGUCGGGCAGCAUCAGUCCUGACUGCGACUUGCAGGACUUCUUGACGGGCGAGCGCAACGACAACGAGCCAGCCUCAUCCUCGUCGCAGUCAGGCAGCGCUCAGCUCCGUGAACGCAGACGCCCGAAAUCGCCGCCUGUUGCCAAAUCGGGAAUUUCACAGGAUUUUCCAGCGAAAUGAGAUGCGAUUGAAAGCCAAGAUUUUAAAAGCGAAAUGCGAGGAACAAGUGGAGCACUUCCAGGAGAUAUCCUAUGUUCGAAGAGCUGAUGGGGCAGUUGGACCACCCGGAAGGCGUCCCCUCGGCGUAUCCGUCUAGCAGUCAACUGAAGCCGGUGCCCAAGACCGGCAAACUGGUCAACAAGCGCUUCUACGCGCGACCAUCGCUCUUGACGGAACUGUUCGAGAUUCCACAUUUCCAAACCAUCCACUACAUUUUCAUUGCCGUUCUGCUGGUAUUCGGUCUGUCGACCAUUGUCAACGACUUCAUGUUCCACGGAACAUUUGGAUUGGAUUUUAAAGUGCUGCGUUACAAUUUCGGCAAGUUGUCGUCGGUAAUGGUGGUGUGGCUGUUCAUGCAAGCCUUCACGUUGCUCGGUGUCUUCGGUGCCCUAUUAGCCUGGUCGCGUUCCCGGUUUACUUCCUCCAGGCCCGGAGGCGUGGAUUAUGGGUUCUUGGCGUUGUAUAUCGUCUACCAAAUCACUUUUCUCGUGAUUCCCGUUUAUUACUUGGUGCAUUUGGACUUGCCGCCGGCGUCGACGGCCAUUGUUAUGUGCGAGCAGAUUCGUUUUAUGAUGAAGUCGCACGCGUUUGUUCGUGAGAAGAUCCCGGUGAUCAUGAGAGCCGACGGGAGCUCCGGUGAAGGUGUGCUGGAUUUCAGCAGAUACCUGUAUUUUCAGUUCGUGCCGACACUGGUUUAUCGCGAUAAUUAUCCAAGGACGAAGAAGAUACGCUGGAGCUUCGUGGUGGCUAACCUGGCCAACGUGGCCGGCGCCAUUAUGUACGCCUACUACGUCUUCAUCCGCUUCUGCAUUCCUGUCUUUCGCAAUUUUAAUCAUGUGCAUGUAAAUCUACCGACGUUUGUCAGUUCCGUGUUUAGCUGCAUCCUCCCCGGCUCACUUCUCUUUGUCGUGCUUUUUGCGUUGCUGCACUGCUGGAUGAACGCCUUCGCCGAGAUGUUCCGCUUCGCUGAUCGUAUGUUCUAUCGCGACUGGUGGAACUCAACUAAUUUCUCCAAUUAUUACCGCACAUGGAACGUGGUGGUGCACGAUUGGCUUUACUCGUACAUCUACAAGGAUCUUUACCUGUUGUGGGGCGCCAAAUACCGGCAUGUAGCCACCCUGGUGACCUUCAUCACGUCAGCCAUCUUCCACGAGUACAUCUUCUGCUGCACCUUCCAGUUCUUCUACCCGGUGCUUUUCGUCAUGUUCGGUGGCAUUGGAGUGUGGUUGAUGUUUGCGACGCAACACCGUUCCUCACCGCCGUGGAACGUUGUCCUGUGGGUGCUGCUGAUGCUGGGACUCGGAAUGCUGAUGUGCCUUUACACAAUUGAGUAUUACGCGCGCUUCAAUUGUCCCGCCAGCAGCGACAACAUCAUUGUGGACUAUUUGACGCCGCGCUCCUGGACGUGCCAUGUUGUCAGCAUCGAUAAUCCCGCCAAUACUACGACCUCUCAAUGAUCGUCCCUCCCGGAUGUUGGAGAAUUUACAAUCCCGUUUCCGUUUCGAAUUGUCUUUAUUCCAUUAAAUAAACCGGUUUCUUGGGCUUCCAUUUGGAUACCUAAUUGAGAAUGAGAUUAUUCAGAUUACGGAUGGUGUUUUUCAAGCACGGUCUGUUACAAGCAAGUGUUUGUAGCUUUAUUGUUCGCUACUUUUCAGGUAACAGUUACUCAUGCUUUGGUGAAUUUUGUAAUUUUAUUAUUAUUUUUGUACGGUUUUAAUAAAACGCAACAGAAAAACGAA